GCGAUCUCGACAGUCCGACAUUCUUCCAACGGCGAGAUAAUGACGAGAAUGGGGCCGCUUUACAAGGCAAAGAAAAAAACUGCUGCAUUUAUUGAUCGGCGCUGAAGUUUGCCGAUAUUCGAUAGCGACGGACAGCUUGAUGGUCAGAGGGAGCAGCGGCAUAGAACGUUUCAGGUGGCGGCUUCAAGGAGACUGCUGUGAUGCUACGUAGGCAACUGGAAGAAAGGGGCUUUUCUACCAUGAGAGAAUAAGCUGUUUUAGGAUACAGUGAGGAUACACGGCGAGUGGUGAACUUUUGGGGAAUGGCAGGUCGAAGCCGAAGAGCAUGGUUUAGUGUUCUGUUGGGACUGGUUGUCGGGUUCACACUGGCUUCCAGACUCAUUUUACCCAAGGCGACAGAGUUGAAGAAAGCUGGACAAAAACGAAAAGCAAACCCUGCCGGCUGCGGGUUGAACGGGGGUCUCAGAAAGGAAUACGGCGGAGUACAAUGGCCACCGCAAGAUAACGGUUCACCGGCGACCGAGAAACCUGGCUCCAGGUCCAAUAAUUUCCUGUUCGUCGGCGUCAUGACUGCCCAGAAGUACCUGAACAGCCGGGCCGUGGCGGCACAUAGGACGUGGGCACAGACAAUUCCAGGUCAUGUCGAGUUCUUCUCCAGCGAGGGCUCUGAUACGUCCAUACCGAUUCCCAUAGUGGCUCUGAGGAAUGUGGAUGACUCGUACCCACCCCAGAAGAAGUCCUUCAUGAUGCUCAAGUAUAUGCAUGACCAUUACCUGGACAAGUACGAGUGGUUUAUGAGGGCGGAUGACGACGUCUACAUCAAGAGUGAGAAGCUGGAGAGCUUCCUGCGCAGUCUCAACAGCAGCGAGGCCAUAUUCCUGGGACAAACAGGCAUGGGAGCCCGGGAUGAGCUGGGGAAAUUGGCCCUGGAGCCCGGAGAGAACUUCUGCAUGGGUGGGCCAGGGGUAAUCAUGAGCCGUGAGGUCCUCAAGAGGAUGGUGCCUCACAUCCGAGAGUGUCUACAGGAGAUGUACACCACCCAUGAGGAUGUGGAGGUGGGCCGAUGUGUCAGAAGGUUUGCCGGGGUCCAGUGUGUCUGGUCCUAUGAGAUGCAGCAGCUCUUCUAUGAGAACUAUGAACCAAAUAAGAAGGGCUAUAUACGAGAUCUCCACAACAGCAAGAUCCAUCGAGCGAUCACCCUCCACCCCAACAAGAACCCUCCCUACCAAUAUCGCCUGCACAGCUAUAUGCUCAGCCGCAAGAUCGCAGACCUGCGCCACCGGACCAUUCAGCUCCACCGGGAGAUCGUCCAGAUGGGGCGCUAUGGAGCGGCAGAACCCAGCCGAGAGGACCUCCAGCUUGGCAUGCCACCCUCAUUCAUGCGCUUCCACCCACGGCAGAGAGAGGACGUCCUGGAGUGGGAGUUUCUGACAGGGAAGUACCUGUUCUCAUCGUCUGACGGUCAGCCUCCCCGCCGUGGAAUGGAUUCCUCCCAGAGGCAAGCCCUGGAUGACAUCAUCAUGCAAGUGAUGGAGAUGAUCAAUGCCAAUGCCAAGACACGGGGGCGGGUCAUUGAUUUCAAAGAAAUUCAGUAUGGCUACCGGAGGGUCAAUCCUUUAUACGGGGCAGAGUAUGUGCUGGAUCUGCUGCUGCUGUACAAGAAGCACAAAGGAAAGACCAUGACAGUUCCUGUGAGGAGGCACGCCUACCUGCAGCAGACCUUCAGCCGGAUCCAGGUCAGAGAGGAGGAGGAGAUGGAUGCCAGAGCUCUGGCCAGCCACAUCAACAAGGAAUCAGACUCCCUCUCGUUCUUGUCCAACUCCCUUAAGAUGCUGGUGCCCUUCAAGCUGGCCACCUCUGGUCAGGACCAGAGGGAACCGAAAGAGAAGAAAGUCAACAUCUUGGUACCGCUGUCAGGACGCUAUGACAUCUUUGUGCGCUUCAUGGCCAACUUUGAACGAGUUUGUCUGAUCCCCAACCAGAAUGUCAAGCUGCUGAUCCUGCUCUUCAGCACAGACAACAACACAGAGCGGGUCAAGCAGGUGGAGCUGAUGAGGGAGUACCACAUGAAGUAUCCCCGGGCCGAGAUGGAGAUAAAGCCUGUCACCGGCUCCUUCUCCAGAGCUCUGGCUUUGGAAGUGGGUUCCUUACACUUCUCUAAUGAUUCACUGCUCUUCUACUGUGACGUGGAUCUGCUCUUCACUAGCGACUUCCUCAAGCGCUGUCGGACCAACACUGCCCUGGGGGAGCAGUCCUACUUCCCCAUCAUCUUCAGCCAGUAUGACCCUAAGGUGGUGUACGCUGGGAAGGUCCCUAGCAACAACCACUACGUCUUCACGUCCAAGACGGGCCUGUGGAGGAACUACGGCUUUGGGAUCGUUUGUGUCUACAAGGGAGACUUGGUCCGAGCUGGAGGCUUUGAUACCUCCAUACAGGGGUGGGGAUUGGAGGACGUGGACCUUUUUAAUAAAUUUGUCCAGUCAGGGAUUAAGUUGUUCAGAAGCACAGACACAGGGAUAGUGCACGUUCACCACCCUGUCAUAUGUGACCCCAACCUGGAGGCGAAGCAAUAUAAGAUGUGCCUGGGCUCCAAAGCCUCGUCACAUGGCUCCACACAACAGCUGGCCGAGCUCUGGCUGGAGAAGAAUGACCACGGCUUCAGGAGACUGGCCAGCAAUAACGGCUCAGUUAGGACAGCGUGAGAAAAGCCGGGCUGCAGACUGAGAUAAACUGAACCCGAACUGGGUCUGCGCUCACUUCCUCCUCCUAGUGGUGUUUUCACUACCUAAUUUAUUUUUUACUGAAAUUGAAGACUUCACAUGGAUAUAUUUUGAAAAUAUGUCUUUUUUUUAAAGAAAAUAUACAGAAACGCCAUGAUGAACAAUUCAUAGACACAGUCUGGGCUCUAGUAUGGAGAUACGUGUUUUGAUUAAUAAUAGAAGUAAUAUUGACCAGUAUUCUUGUGUGAGCGUGAUUACAGCAGGGGCCCGAGGCUCCUCCAGCCUGUUACAUGUUAUCUGUAAGGACAGUGGGAGAAAGGGAGGCAGGGGUUAUUAAUGUGUACCUCAGUGAAGUACACCGUCAUGGUCCUUAAAUAUUCCAUUUGUCUUGUGUGCAGAAAACAGACUGGUGUCCAUGUACUCUCAGACCAGCAGUGCUCGAAACAUAACUCAACUCUUGAUUGUGAAUGUUUACAAAAGACUGAUUCUGAACAACAUUUCAACGAAAACUUAAAUCACAGCUAUCUCAAUGAUUACUAUGGGCCAUUUAAUUUGAUUUCAUUGAUUUACAGUGGUUUUCUUUUCCAUUUGCUUUUAUGGUUUUGGUAAUAUGACACAACACUGUUACUGUUACUUUUCUUUCUUUGUUUUUGUUAUUUUCCUUUAUUAUUAAUUUCUGUGAACCCAACUGCUGGAUUUUAUAUCUGCAAUUCAUCCUUUGCUGUCUAAUUUAUUGAAUUUGCAGUCUCCAUUUUCGACUUUCUGACUGUUGAAAUAUGUAUAUUGGAAAGAUCGUAUAACCGUGUCAGUUGUGGGAUAGUGUUUUUUAUGUUCCUUUUCUAAAACUCAUUAUCACCAAAGAGUUUUGCACAGUCUGCUUUAGGUGUCAUGUUGCCUGUGUGUGUGUGCGUGCGUGUGUGUGUGCGUGCCUGCGCGUUUGUGCGUGUGAGUUAAUGUGUAUGUGUGCGUGCAUGCAUGGUGGGUGGUGUCUUGCAGGCUCAAACAUGAAACUGGCUGUAUAAUGAAGAGUAAACACAAAAGCUCUGUCUAUCCCAGGCCUUUCUGAUUGGUGAAGUGGGAACCAGUCUGGCCUUUAUUCCAGUGGGUUGACAUGGGAGCAGCGCUCUGGUCGGCCAGCUCAAGUCACACAUCACUGUCUCUUUAUAAAUUACUUUCUUUUAUGUUGAAAUACAAAGUGUUGUGGCUGGUCCCAGUCUACCGAGGUGUGGCUUCAGUGCUGAUUCCAUUGAGCUGUGAUGUGAAAACCCACAUUGUCUGGUCCUGUGCUACAGGUUUGAACAUUUCCUCGUGGCAGGCCAGAAUCACUGUCCUGCUCCUGCCUGUGUUGCCUAUAGGCAGGUACUGUACAUUGUAGCACUCCAUCGGAUUAAUGCUCCUCUUUCAGCAUUACAACAUGAAUGGCUGAUUUUUAAGACUGAUGUAACAGGAUGAGUCUUUUUUUUUUCUUUGACUUUUUUUGUAAUUUUUGUUCUUUCAGCUCUGUCCAACUGGGCAAGGUUUUCUAUUUAAAAAGAAAUAAAAUGGG